AGAAAGCUCGGAACGGCUCUCAACGAGGCGAUCCGCCAAGGCACAUGGGCUGUAGGCGGGUCACGGCGUGUGGCGAUGUCGAUUGAGCAGAAGAUUGUGGAGUGGGAUAAUGAUAACACAUCCUUCUGCUCGCUGUGUAAGGAUAGAUUCGGGUACUUCGAUCGACACCACCACUGCCGGCUGUGCGGGCGUGUGGUGUGUACCAAGGAGAAGCAGUGCUCCACUCUGUUGACAUUAAAUCACCUCAGGAAGCUACAGAAGAAGAUCGGCAUGCGCCAAUUAAAAGAGAAGUUGCAUCCCACACUCAGAAACUACCCGGUGCGUGCAUGCAGGCGCUGCCAUCAUUUACUGCGAAGGCGUGAACAAGAGUGUGAUGACAAGAAAGCACAAGCGGAUCCACUGACUGAACAGUAUCAGCUGUGGAGAGCUAAACGCGACGAGAUAGAAGACCUCGUAGAGGAAGGAGAGUCUAUCCGAGACAAGGUGUAUGUAUCACCGGAAGACGUUGAGAGAUCUGUGGAACUGCGGAGGUCUAUCAAGCUUCUCUUGGCCGCGUGCGAUGCAUUGGGAAAACAGAUAGCGGUUGCUCCACCAGUCGCGCCCACACAGUCGAAUGCACAACAACGCACACCUAAACAGGCAACACAGCAAGCCAACUCGGUGCAGGCUAUGGCCAUACGCACCAACAUUAGGAGAGCAAUUAUACAGUAUAUGCAGCGGCGCUUAAUGGACGUCCAAUUAUUCCCCAUCAAACCCUCACCCAAGCCUCCGCCUGCGCCGAUACUUGCGCCAGCCACACGCACGAGAUCUGCGACUGUAGACAUCACGCAGAACAGGUCUAACCAAUGCAAACUCACAGGCACAAUGUCUCAGUCAAAUAUACGCGCCGCUGUGAAUAACGGGACGGGGAGUAGGUAGAUGAUGGUGCUUGUGCGGCAUUGUGUAUGAUGAAUGCAUCUGUGUGUUUGGGUGACAAAACACGGGGUCAGUAGGUGCACAGGUACACUCGAUACCGGCGCAAUAGUUUGUUUAAUUAAAGUUGUCCGUGGAAUAUAUGCGCUCAGUACAACUAACCUUCUGCCUCCUGGAUCACACCGCGAGACCAGUACACAGACACAGACGCAACCGGUACAAUACAAGACUGAGGCGGAGUUGUACUCGGCGAUCUCAGCGUAUGUCGACCAGCGCCUGAAUCUGCUGGACAUGAUAAAAAAGAGCCAGAACGAUGAAGAAUACGCUAUACUCACACGGUCACUCGAAGAAAUCGACUACGAGCUGCAACGACUAGGAAUAGGGACGUGAUAGCAUAUAAGGCUAAUAAAUAAAUUAUAUCGUAAACUACGGCUUUGCCUCCACAUACAUCGUAUCCUUACAUACAUACACUUCAUUCGACUUGGUCUGACACGCCAGAGUGGCACAAGUCGUACAUCCAAACUCACACGACCAAAC